AUAACAUAACCUCAUUCCACCAUCCUUGUUAAUAAUCACUGUUCUACCCUCUUUUGUUUUUUAUUACUUAACUGUGAAUUUUCAAUCGCUGAAAUGAGUAAUUAUCAUCCAGAUUCCUUGUCAACUUUACUGCCAAUUUACUAUAAACGUUUAUUUCCACAUGGUCCGUUCUUCAGGUGGCUCAGUUAUGGAAACGUUGACACAAGAUGCUUUGCAAAUCGGGAAUUUUCCUUCACUCUGGAGCAUGACAUCUACCUACGAUAUCAGUCCUUUAGUAAUCAAGAGGAGUUUGAAAAAGAAAUUGCCAAAAUUUGUCCUCACAAAAUUGAUAUUGGCGCUGUUUAUUCCUGCAGACCCAAGUAUCGCAACCAAUAUGUAUUCCAAGUAAUCGAGAAAGAAUUAGUUUUUGAUAUUGAUAUGACUGACUAUGAUGAUGUGAGAACCUGCUGUAGUGGUGCUGAUGUCUGCACGAAAUGUUGGAAAUUUAUGGUCAUUGCGUGUAAAAUUAUUGAUGCUGCACUCAGAGAGGAUUUUGGUUUUCAGCACAUACUUUGGGUAUUCUCAGGGAGGAGAGGUGUACAUUGUUGGGUUUGUGAUGAAUCAGCAAGAAAAUUAAAUAACCUCGCUCGCCCAGCCAUAGCUGAGUACCUACAAGUUCUCUCAGGUGGUGAGAAUCAGGCCAAAAAAGUCACUCUCAUUAGUCCUAUACAUCCCUCAAUCCAGCGAGCCUUGAAUUUUAUUGAGCCGCUGUUUGAUGAAGUGUGCAUAAAAGACCAAGACAUUCUAGGCACUGAUGAUCGAAUACGAAAGUUUACAGCUCUCAUUCCUGACGAUGAGUUUCGGAAUUCUGUAGGGACUGCCAUGUUAUCUCUUCGUUCAUCCAAAGAAAGGUGGCAGAAGUUCCUACAAAUGUACCAGUCAACGUCACAGCAGAAGCGGAAUUGCAAGUGUUUGGUGGAAGAGAUCAAACUGCAGUACACUUAUCCUCGGCUGGAUAUACAUGUCACAAAAGGAAUGAACCAUCUGCUCAAAUCACCUUUCUGCGUCCAUCCGAAAACUGGAAAAAUUUGCGUUCCAUUCAAUCCAAAAGCUGUCGAUAAAUUUGACCCUACCACCGUACCCACCAUCAGCACUCUCAUUGAAGAAGUUGGAGAGUACGAUGAUAAACAGAAAAAAAUCCUAGGUGAUGCAGACAAGGCGCGUGUCAAAGACUACAAGAAAACAUCUGUCUACAAGAAUGUGAACGUUUUUGAAGAAUUUGUGCGCAACUUGGAAGCAAUCUGGAAAGGGAAGAAUGUCAAAAUUGGAAUCAGUGAUCAGAGUAUGGAAUUCUAAUUUUCACAGCUACUGAAGUUCACGAAACACCACUCCUUCAGUCGAUAAGUCUACAGGAAUGAACUGUACUGACGUGUAUCACGUUUGUCGCUCUUAUUGAGGUUUGAAAUCUUCAUGAUAAAGGCAACAAUGUACUUUCUAAUAGCUAAAAUGUAAGCUUCUCAAAAGGAGAUUUUUCAAAGAUAAUCAUGUGUGACAUUCUAACCACUUUUUGUGUGGAAAACAACAUGGUUAACUGUAGAAAUCCUUGAAUUGUCGUCUAUUGCAGCUUAUGUUCCUAUUAUUCCACUGCAAUCAGGAAAAUCCAUUUUUAAACUAUGUUAUUUAAUUUUUUUUUAAGUACGCAUUAUGAAUUGGAAUAAGAUGUCAUUGCUUGUCUGAGUUGAUCUCAGCAGAGAAUGAACCUCUAUCAGGGUAGAUGCUAGUUUUUAAUUUUGUAAGAAAUUGGUCUGCUAUUUUCGUGAUUUUAUUUGCAUGAUACUUUAAAUAAUGUUUUUUUUUUUGCUUUUUUUUAAAA